AUGGCGGGUGUAUUCGAUAUUGAAUUAGAUGGAAGCGAGCCGCAACGCUAUGGUGAUAGCGGUGUAAUGCAAGAGGAAAUGGAAGAUGACCAGAUGUACAGUAAUGUAGCUGAUGGUGUAAUAUCCGCUCCGCCACCUAGCUCCUCAUACAUUCAAGAUCCCAUGGUUGAAGCAAUCGAUUUGUCAUGUAUAGCCGUCAACCAAGGUGUUCGUGUCGGCCCAAAAGACUUUGAAUUGCUCAAGGUUUUAGGAAAAGGUGGAUAUGGCAAAGUAUUUCAAGUGAAAAAAACAACGGGUUCCGAUAAAGGAAAAAUAUUUGCUAUGAAAGUUCUGCAGAAAGCUACGAUAGUAAGAAAUCAAAAGGAUACCGCUCAUACUAAGGCUGAAAGAAACAUUUUGGAAGCCGUCAAAAGUCCAUUUAUUUGUGAUCUACUGUAUGCGUUUCAAACUGGCGGCAAAUUAUAUCUUAUUCUAGAAUAUCUUAGUGGUGGAGAACUUUUCAUGCAUCUGGAACGAGAAGGGAUGUUCCUGGAAGACACUGCUGCUUUUUAUCUUUCUGAAAUAGUGGUCAGUUUGGAGCAUUUGCAUAGACAAGGUAUAAUCUAUCGGGAUCUCAAGCCGGAAAACAUACUUCUUGAUGCACGCGGUCAUGUGAAGCUUACAGACUUUGGACUUUGCAAGGAGGCAAUUGAAGGCGAUCAAAAAACCCAUACAUUCUGUGGAACUAUUGAGUAUAUGGCACCGGAGAUCUUGAUGCGAUGCGGACACGGAAAAGCGGUUGACUGGUGGAGCUUGGGAGCGCUCAUGUUCGAUAUGCUCACUGGAGGACCUCCUUUCACUGCGGAGAACAGAAAGAAAACUAUCGACAAGAUUCUCAAGGGUCGACUAACUUUACCCGCAUACCUAUCUGUGGAAGCGCGUGAUUUGAUCAAGAGACUGCUGAAGAGACACGUUGAGACAAGACUUGGAGCAGGACCUGAAGAUGCUGAAGAGAUCAAGCAGCAUCCAUUUUUCCGUCAUCUAAACUGGAAUCUUGUUUUCGCCCGUGAGCUCGAGCCACCAUUCAAGCCUGAAAUGAAGAGCGAAGAAGACGCGUCUUUAUUCGAUACUCGAUUUACAAAGAUGACACCUGUGGACUCGCCUUGUGAAUCGACUUUCAGUUUCACCGGUGAUAAUCCAUUUGUUGGUUUCACUUAUGUUGCACCAUCGGUUCUUGAAGCCAUGAAUCAACCAGACCCUCCUUUGGUGACUCGCGCUCGCUCGCCUCGCAAGCCUCAAUUGUGA